AUGAACAAUACAAUCAAUGUACUGUGCACGAACUUCCUAUCAGUUAAGUUACGGAGCUAAUGAUUACCCUGGGAAAGGUCUUUCGCUAUUAUGUCCCUCCACAGUUUCCGUCCAUGGGUAAAGGUGAUGUGAAGCUAACUCUUUAGUAAACAAAUAAAUCUACAUUUUACAAAGUGUUGGCAGACGUGUGGGGCACAUUGUGGACAUAUUGAACUGUGUAUAUAGCAUUGGGCUGCUCUUGCCAGAAGACGGUAUAGAACGUUUCUAGCUAACAAAGCACAGGCCUAAUCCACGGUUGCAAGUGAGCGGAAGUGGUAGUCUACCUGUCGUGAGAAUGGACUCUUGGGUUCGAUUCAGCUCGCAGAGCCAAGCCAAGGAGCGCGUUUUCAGGGCUGCACAAUAUGCCUGUACGUUGCUAGGCUACACUCUCCAGAAGGGUGGGUCAGGCGUUCAGCUCCUGAAGAUGGUGAAACAACUGGAAACGCAUAUGAGCCUAACAAGGAAGUUGAUUCGUCUGGGGAACUCUGCAGAGGCUGUGGAGGCAGCGAAGCGUGCGGUGCACCUCUCAGACAGCGUGCUACGUCUCUGCCUGACCGUGGCCCACCUCAACAAGGCCAUGUACUUCGCCUGUGACAAUGUGCUGUGGGCUGGCAAGGUGGGCCUCCUGCCCAAACUGGACCAGGACAAGUGGAGCCAGAGAUCCUUCAGGUACUACCUCUUUGCUCUCAUGCUCAAUCUAACCCGGGAUGCCUACGAGAUCCGCCUGCUUAUGGAGCGUGAGGCCCGCACCUCUCACGGGGGGUCAAAUGCUACCUGGACCUCCUCUCCAUCCCCUGAGAACGGAGACCUCUCCCACCCCCACCCCUCUUCCUCCUCCUUCCCUGUGGCCAUAUUACCCCUUCUGUCUGAACGCUUCGGCAGACAGUUCCACCUGCUGGGGACGGUGCUGCGCAGCAACCCACCACUGCUGCUGGACCUGCUGAAGAAUGCAUGCGAUGUGUUUAUCCCACUGGACCGGCUGGGCAUCUACCCUACCGGCCAGGGCUUCGUGGGGGCCUGCGGCCUGGCCUCAUCUGUUCUCUCCAUCCUCACCAUCGUCCACCCCUGGCUCAAGCUCAAACCGUGAAGAAGCCCAAAUUUUUUGGUUGAACGUUCUAGCUCAAGUCGAACAUUCCUCAAGCUCAAGCCUGGAAGGAGGCAUUUUGGCAGAACGUUUUAGGUCCGCUGGUAGAAGUCUAGAAGUGCUGUUGUGUCUAAGGAUGCAGCAUGAUGGGUCCUGUACACUGUUUGCUUGGAAAGUUUAGAGUUUUGAGCAGAUCAUGCUCAGAUAUAGGUUGGUGGACUGAAAUAGUAGUAUUUCGAAUCAAAGAGAGAAUUUUCAAUUGAGCGUUGUAUUGGAAUUAUGCCUUUUGUAUCCUGUUCAUGCUCUAAAAUGUUCAAACACUAAAUUCCCCAAAAGCCGUUUGGUUUGGUAGUUGAGAAGGACCUUCCCCAUGCAAGUGUAUUGAACCGGCACAUUAAACAUUGUUGACUCCGAAUGGUACACACACACACACACACACACACACAGAGGUAGAUGCAUAAACACAAAGUCAAAUUCAUGAAGUUUGUCAGUUGUGAUUUUACCCAGGCUUUAAAGAAAAACUACCAAAAACUAUAUUUCGCUAUUUGUUUCAUUCGUCCAUUGUUGAUGUAGCCCCAAAUGUUUUCAAGAUGUAUAACUUUCUAAGUACAGCCUGUAUGAUGCAUUUAUCGUGAUGCAAAAUUCAUCAUACCGGGUGUAUUUCUGUAUUUUGAAAGUUAUACAUCUUGUGCUACACAGCACAAAGAAAGCCAGAAUGUCAUUCAGUGGGUGGAUACUUUGGGAUUUUGACAAUGAUGACCCUUUAUCUACUUCCCCAGAGUCAUGAACUCAUGGAUUCCAUUUUAAUGAACUCACAAGCUGUGGGGAGCACAUGACAAACUCAAGUAUGUUGAUGAUCCAUAAUAUCUUCUCAGAUGAUUGUGAGGAGCAGCUGUCUUGCAUGUCUCAAGUCCAAACUUCUCUGUCAAAGGGGAGAGACCACGUCCACAAAUACUACUAACUGUCCUCUUUCAUAACUUGCACUUAGUUUAUAACCUUAAUUAGCAUUUGAAAUGGGAUCCUGGUCUCUAUUAGGAAAGUGCUUCCACAUCCCUAUACCUACUGUUUCUGUCCUGUGCGUAUUCAAAAUGAUACCAUUGGAUAGGAUUAUCUGUACCUACAGCAUUGGUUUGGGAGAUGGGCCUAUUGUCCAAUGUUAUCAGUGAGGAAUGCCGUACAGCUAGAUGUGUGGAACAUCUUCCUCAGUUAAUUAAAGCCAUAACAUAAAGCUUUAUUUCUAUGAAGAGGUGCAAUAAAUUAUUUUCUCAUA